CGACCAAGAGAGAACGCACUGGGAAAAGAGAGGCACAGAGCUGCUCGAUUCAAUAGAUAGGUAUUUUUCAAAGCGAUGAGCGGAAGGUGUUUGAAGCUGCUUCGGCAGGGAAGAGGCGGUCGACAGAUCCGUUCCGCGGCGAUUUCGUCGUUUUCGACGUUUUCGUCGUCGCCGGUGGCAACGGCGACGACAUCGAGCGGCAACGACGGGGGAUUCCGGCGUCUUUGUUCUCUGCCCUUGCCGUACGGUGGCAAUCUCCGGGGCCACCCACAGUACACGCACCAACCACCACUGCCGCUUUGCCAGAAGCGGUGGAGGUCCGGCAAAAUGGGCCACCAGGUCGAGUCGCUGAAGGAAAUGGCGCACCGGCCGGAACGAGAAGCGGCGCAGGAACGGCGCAAAAAGAAAAAGGACCGAAAGGCGGCCAAGAAGGCCGGUGGAAAGAAGCAGCAGGCUUCCGAAACGGACGGCCCGGGCGGCGGCGCGGACACGGCCGGUGGGGACGAAGACGAGGACGAGGACGACAUCUUCUUUGGCGACGAGGACGAGGACGAAGAGGCCGGGGACGGCGACGGAGAGCCCACUCUGCCGGAUCCGGUGGCCGUCCGGAGCAAGAUGGACGCCGUCGUGGACCGCUUCUCGGAAUCGCUCCGGUCGGUCCGCGGCGCCGAACCGACCGCCGACAUGUUCGACGACGUGAUGGUCCAGGCCUACGGUGCCCCCACGCCGCUGAACGCCGUCGCGCAGGUCGUGAUCGUUUCCCCGACCCUUGCGCAGGUGACCUGCUUCGAUCCGAGCGUGGCGAGAGACGUCGUCAAGGCCGUCCAGCUCACUCUGGAGCUCAACCCGCAGCUGGAAGAGGGCGGGGCGGGGAACAUCAAGGUCCCCCUGCCCAGGAUUUCGAAAGAGGUCCGGGAGAAGCUAUCGAGGAGCGUCAAGAAGCGCGCUGAGUCCUGCAAGAAGCGGCUGCGCGGGGUCCGCCGCAAGGCCAUGGACGCGGUCAAAAAGGGCAAGGACGGAAAACUCGCGGGGGUUUCCAAGGACGACGCCUUUGCGUCGGGCAAGGAGAUCGAGGCUGCGUCGGAAGCCGCCACGGAACGGCUGAAGGCCGUCGUCGCCGAAAAGAUGGACUCGAUCAUGGCGGUGUAGGACCAGCGCCACAAGCAACACCCCGAUCCCAAACAGCGGAGCAAGCGAACGAGCGGUUGGUUGGUUGCAAGCAAAGCCCGGGAGUUUCGACUCAUCCCAGUGGCACAGCUAUACCCAAGCAUAAAGAGAACAAACGCGAAUAAAUAGCGCGAUAAUAA